UUAUCUCCCCCAUUACCUUUUCAGCAUCUUCUCUCGUCUCUCUCAUCACUUUCUCGCUCUAAAACUGUCUUUCUCUCUCUACCAAUAUCUAUCCUUCCAGAGGUAGACACACAAAGAAAGAAGGGAAGAAACAUAGAAACUCCACGCACCUCCCCAUCAAAAACAAGGAAAGAGUCCACACCACCCAACUCUCUCUCUCUAAUGGCCCAGCUAGACCAAAAUUUAUGUACAAGAAAAACAAAAAAGAAUGGAAAGAUAGAGAGAGGAGAGAGAGAGAAGGAAAGAAAGAAGAGGUGUCUUCAAAUGUCCUCCAACCAAACCCACCUCACACAACAACGAAACUUUAUGUUCCCACAAAUACCCUUCUGCAACACCCAAAAAAAAUCCCAUCUUCAUCACUUCACUGUUCAAAACAACAAUGUUUUCCCCGUUUUAUAUGGGCUUUUUGGGCUUUGUCUUGGUCAGAGUUUUCACAGAGAAAACAGGAAAGCCAGAACCUUCUCAACUCCUCUCUCGCCCCUCUUUCUCUCUCUCUAUCCUUCUUCCUUUAUUAUUUCUUGCCCACCACUCUUUCUCUCUCGCCAUAUUUGUUUCUUUCUGUCUAUUUUAUGCAUAUAGUUCUGAGUUUUUUUUCAAAGUUCAUAAUUUCUUCGCUAGUGGGUUCUUUGUAUUUGGGAUCUGAUGUCUAAGAAGAUGAAAGGGGUUGCUUUGGAUCCAUCAACCAGGGGUGUAUAUGAGGAUGCUAAGACCAGAUUCAAGCAUCAGACUCUCAUGAUGGACUUCCAAGAGUUGCAUAAGGAAGCAGAGGGCAUGAGAAACAAAUUGGAGACCAUGAAACACAGAAAGCUAACCCUGUUGGCAGAAGUUCGUUUUCUGCGGCGACGGCACAAAUACCUAUUGACACACAAGUCUCCAAAAACCCGACAGGAUCGAGUAGUAGUACAACCACAGCAUUUUGAAACCCAGCGCACAAACACUAAGAAAGACAGGAUUUACAGUAAAAAGGAGGCCACUUUGCGAAGUUUACUCCCGGUUUUUAACUUGAACCAAAAGGAAAGGUUUUUUAAUGGAAAUGAAUCUGCCCUGUUGAACCCAUCUUCACUUUCUGGCAUAAACCAGAAAAAAAGGAUAUAUAGCGGAAAGGAACCUCCUCUUCAGAAGCCAAAUCCACUUAUUGAUCUGAACCAGAAGGGAAGGAUGUAUAUUGGAAAGGAGGACCCUCUGAUAAAGCCAGCUCUGAUUUUCGAUUUAAACCAGAAGGAAAAGACUUGCAGUGGCAAGGAGGCUGCUGUGCAAAACCGAGCUCCAAUAUUUGACUUAAACCAGAUAUCGAGAGAGGAAGAAGAGGAAUUUCACGAGACUUAUAAACCACCAAGGAUUGAGGAGCCGAAGAGCUGUGUAAUCAAAGUUGGAAAUGACGAGCAGCACAAUGAUUUGAAAUUAUCUAUAUGUAGGAAUGUGGGGAACGGAUCAAACAGAGCUGGGAAGAGGAAGAUCUCAUGGCAAGACCAGGUUGCGUUGAGGGUUUGAAUAUUAUUGAAGUGCAGCACAUCAAGAUCUCGCAUUCAGUGAGCUUUUGAUGCUAGGUUUAGGCUUUUGAAAAUUUCCCUGCUAUGCAAGGUUACUUUUACUUACAUUCCAUGUCUUCUUUUUUCUUUCUUCUGUAAAGGAAAAAUAGCUUUUAUAUAUUAAAGUACACACGAAGUGAAUGCAAAUGUUGUUUGAGAAA